CCCUUUUUUUUUCUCUCCAUUUCUUAUCGUUCUUGCCAUUUAUAAGAUUGUUGACAGCCGGGGAGACAACUCUUUAGUCUUUUCAAACCUUAAGGAUGGCUAGAGUUUUCGUUCUUGUGCUUGCAGUGGUGUUGUGUGUAAAAUCCGAAGAGAAAGUCCGUUUUGAAGGGUAUCAGUUACUGUCUGUGUACUCCAGAGGUUACGAUGACAUUCAAUACCUAAGAGAAAUAAGCGAGUUUUUUGUUGAUCUGGACUAUUGGAGAGAACCCAGAACCAAUCAAAAUGCAACUGUCCUUGUCCCCCCCACCCUAGUGGACAUGUUCACCUCCAGGUUGGCCUCCCAGGGAAUAACCUUUGCUACACUGGAGACAGACAUUCAAAGACUUGUGGAUGCUGGAAAUGAACGCACACCUGAUGAAGUAGUGGACAAACGUCGUCAAGAGAGCGGGAGAGUUAUGGACCACAACAACUACCACACAUACAAUAGGAUCACCCAGUACCUCAGCCAGCUGCGUGACACGUACCCCAGCAUAGUCCACUUGGCCAACCUGAAUUACGUCACACACGAGGGUCGUAUUGUCAAUCUUGUCAAGCUGACUGGGUCUUCAUCCGUUAACAAAAAGCCAUCUGUCAUCAUUGAGGCAGGUAUUCAUGCCAGAGAAUGGGUUUCACCCGCCUCUGUCUUGUGGGUCAUCGAAACGUUAGCCAAAAACUACCAAGCCAAUGACGCUACUGCCAGACAAAUGCUAGACAAGUUUGAUUGGUAUAUUGUCCCAGUUACCAACCCCGAUGGUUAUGAUUACAGUCACACCACUAACAGGAUGUGGAGAAAGAACAAGCGUUAUAUCAGUUCUCGUUGUUCCGGUAUCGAUGUGAACAGAAACUUCGAUAUCGUUUGGGGAACGACAGGCAUUUCCAGGACCUGCACCAGUGACAUCUUCUGUGGCGACGGUCCUUUCUCUGAGCCCGAGUCUGCCAAUCUGAGAGACCUGUUUAACGAGCUGUAUGACAGUGUCAAAGUGUACCUGUCAGUGCACUCUUAUUCACAGUACCUCCUGGUACCCUGGUGUUACACGGAGUACGUAUCUCGACCAUCGAAUGCAGGGGAACUGGACCGCGUGACUCUGCAAAUGGUGCAUGCCUUGUCUAACAAGCACGGCCUGCAACACCAACAUGGUACUGCGUGGCAACUCUUGAAUUACGCUGCUUCCGGAUCCUCCAUCGACUGGGCGCUCGCUCGUAAGCCUAACAUCUACGCAGCAGCGUACGAGCUUCGUCCCGCUGCUAGCAGCUCCACCGGCUUCCUACUGCCUGCUUCUCAGAUCGUCGCCACUGGGGAAGAACUCUUUGAGAGCCUGAAAGUCAUGUCCAGAGAGACAGUAGUGUAGUAUCUUAUGUGUGCUCUUCUUCGUUUCAGUCUUUCCUUUUUUCGUUUAUAAAUUGUUGAUUUAAAUUAGCUUGAUGUAUUGAUAAAUAGUCGUAUACUUCUUGUAAUGCCUUUUUUUCUUUGGUGUCAGCAUUGACCUGAUCGAUGUCAGAAAGUCAUCGCUAGGUUACACUUUGCUUAUUCUAGUUAUUUUUGCAUCCUCUAUUUCACAGUAACAAAUUUUCUUCUUGUGUUAAUAAAGUAACUUUUUAUGAUCAAUAUUCUUGUGAUAACAAAUGAAAUAAUAAACUCAAUUUUCUUCUAAA